AUGGCAUCCAAUGGCGCAGGAGAGGCGAUCCCGGAAGAGCGUCGUCCCUUCCACAAGCUCAUUCUCGCUGCCUCGCUCCCCUUACCUCCACGCACGCAUUCUCUCCUCUCUCCCACCCCACCCACUCAUGAAUCCAAUGGCGACAGAGAGCCGAUCCCCGAGGAGGACCGUCCCUUCCACAAGCUCAUUCUCGCAGCGUCACUCCCCCUACCACCACGACACGCCCCGCUCUCUCCCACUCCACACGCACAUCCUCACUCUCCUGAAACCCCCCCAUUAACUCUGCUUCAAGCCACGCCCACUCCCGAGGCAGCAGCAGCUACAGAGCCGUUUCAUUAUCCGAGAAAAGGAUCAAAAGGCUUUUUUUGGGGCCGAGUGUUGGGAGGAGGGAGUUAUGGGUUGGGGAGGAGAGCGGUGGGAAAGGGACGGUACGGAGGGGUGGGGGUGGCGCUGCCUGUUCUCUUUGCCUGCUGUGGCGCUCUCUCGUUUGGUUACCAUGUCAGUAUCAUCAACGCGUCUCUGCCGUUCCUUCUCUCUGUCACAUGCCACUGCAUCCCAUGCAAUUCCCAUCCCAUGCAAAUCCCAUCCAAUCCCCUUGCUGUCUCACUCAGUAUCAUCAACGCAUCUCUGCCGUUCCUCCUUGCUGACCUGCAUCAACCCGCAACCAGCAUGGCAGCAUCCGUGAUUGUGAGCAUUCCACUGGCCGUGGCAGCAGUGGGAGCGCCGCUGGGGGGGUGGCUUGCUGACGUGGCAGGGAGGAGGCGGGCGUUUCAGAUUGCCGCCCUGCCAUUCAUUGCUGGGUCCCUAGUCAGUGCUGCAGCAUCUGCCACGUGGCACAUGGUGAUUGGCCGAGCUCUUGUUGGGGUUGGGCUGGGAAUCGUGUCCGGCACUGUUCCUCUCUACAUAUCAGAGGUAACCCCCACUUCAUCUCGCGGCACGUGGGGCACGUUGGCCCAGCUCUCCACCAGCACGGGCGUCUUCUCUGCGCUGCUGGCCGGCCUACCUUUGGAACAACACCACAGCUGGUGGCGAGGCAUGAAUCUCCUGGGCUCUCUACCUCCCUGCCUCUUGCUGCUUGGCUGGCUGCUACUCACCCACAAAACCGCUUUCCACCGCACUGCACUCCUAUGUCUGCAGGUGGCGUGGCAUGUUUCUUCUGGGCUCUCUCCCUCCCUGCCUCUUGCUGCUCGGCAUGGCAGUGGCCGCACCAGAGACCCCCCCCCUCUCCCCCGCUGGAUGGAUGCUGCUCAUUCCCAAAACCGCACUCCACCGCACCGCACUGUACUCCUUUUCCUGCUUUUAUCCAUGCAGGUGGCAUGGCAUGUUCCUCCUGGGCUCUCUCCCUCCCUCCUGGGCAUGGCACCGCACCAGAGACGCCCCCCCCCCCGCCCCCCUCGCUGGCUGCUGCUCACUCACAAAACCGAAUUCCGCCAUACUACACUGCAAUUCUUGCAGGUGGCGUGGCAUGAAUCUCCUGGGCUCUCUACCUCCCUGCCUCUUGCUGCUUGGCUGGCUGCUACUCACCCACAAAACCGCUUUCCACCGCACUGCACUCCUAUGUCUGCAGGUGGCGUGGCAUGUUUCUCCUGGGCUCUCUGCCUCCCUGCCUCUUGCUGCUGGGCAUGGCACUGGCCGCGCCAGAGACCCCCCGCUGGCUCCUGCUGCGUGCAUGCAGCAGCGCGAGCAGCAGUGAUUCUGAGAGGAACAGAGGGGGCGGAAGAGGUGCUACAGGAGCUCACGUCAGCACAACCAGCAGCACUGACGUCAGCACAACCACCACAAGAACCAGCGAACGUGGCACCACAUGAAGCACUGAAGCCUUCCCAGCCAUACUCCUCAGCAUCAGUGCUAGCAUCGCAGUCAGCAUUGCAUCAGCUGAAUGAACAGCAGCAGCAGCAGACCUCAUCACCAGCUGCUGCUGCUGCUACUGCUCAUCAUGCAACAGGCGCCAACACCACCACCCUGCACACGCCUUUGCUCAGCAGCAACGAUUCUGCUCCGCCCCCUGCUGCCUCUCUCUUUCAUCCAAAAUACCGACGAGUGCUCCUCCUAGGCUCCGCACUCUUCGCCCUGCAGCAGUUCUCAGGCAUCAACGCGGUCGUCUACUUCUCCUCUCACGUCUUCCGCUCUGCCGGCUUCUCCUCAGGCAUCGCUGUUUCAGCCCUGAUUGCACUCUUCAAGCUCUCAGCUGUGCUGCUGGCUGCUCGUCUCGUUGACUCUGCAGGGAGAAAGCCCCUUCUGCUGCUCUCCUUCCUUGGCAUGAUCCCAACCAACCCAUAG